GGUUGGGUACAGAGAGAGAGUGAGAGAGAGAGAGACUUGAGCAACAAAUUUCUAUUCAAGAAUGGGAGAUCUGUCGGACUUGUUCAGGUCUCCAUCGAAAACAGCGUGGCACCUGUUGUGCACUCUGUAUGUCUCUUUUCCCACGAGUCCGGCGUUUGGCCUUGCCCCGAGGCCGGGCACACGCUUGACAGUUGUCCAAAUGUCCAGGCGCCUCCUAGCCUAAAUGUAGAGACUUCCAGUGGCCGGCUGCGGGAGAAAUUGUCGGCUACGAAUCUGUCCAAAACUCCCAAGAAAGCAAUCUUUCUGUGCAGUGGACAUUGCUCGAUCAUUUUCGGUAAAGCCGAGGUUUGACCGAAGGUCGACCAAACGCUGUGCAUCCAUCUCUCUAUCCAUCUUGAAAAGAAGAAGAAGAAGAAGCUGGAACACUUCAGCGUACAGCCUUGAGGAGAGGCGUUCACGAUAGGGAAAAAGUUCGUUCGGAGAAAUCUCUUUGGUCACUGGACCAUCGGCGAUAUUGCUAAUGCCCCAGCUGCAGAUUCGUCACUGCCAGUGAUUAGCGGAUGCCUUUAACCACCGAUAGGCCAAUAGCCUUCCGGCUGUUAUCGACAACGCUCACUCGAAGCUCGCCUCAUCAGGAAGAACGGGGAAAAAAAUUAUUUUGUCUCAUGUACUCCGGAUCAGCCAUUCGCCAUCCGACUCUGCCCUCGCAGCCAUGCCUCCUUUCGCGACUACUGGUUACCAUGGAUGACAUAUGUCAAGAGGUUGCAAAUCUCUAUGAUGGACCCCUCCUUGCAGAUGUGAUGCGAACGAGGUGGAGUCCCUGGCUAGACAGACAAUCCCAUUGCGGAGCCGACUCCGAAAUCGGGGACGUUCGCUGAAGCUGUUUGACGAUUUUGAAACUCUGGACUUCAUGAAUACACAGUUUGCACCUCUGUGCACUAGAAACACCACAGACCGACAGGCGAUCCAAGCAGGCAAUCACGUCCGCUCGCGAGGCCAGCAAGCUGGGAAGCCGAGUAGCCGGGCAGUUGUCUCACCACAAUGAGUUUCUCGAGACCCCAUGUCAGCGAGAGCUUCGACACGUUCCAGAGCAUAAUGCUGUGGGUUCAGAUCGCGUACACAUUGUGGCAGUUCAUUCGCACCACCAGGAUCUGGAGAUUUACGCAGUACUGGAUAUCGAGGCUGGUGAAGCGGCUCGCGAAUCAAAUUCGGGAGAGGGAAAGGAGAGCCUUCUGGUAUGCAUUCAUGGCAACCAUUUCAUCGCGGUUCGAGUGUCGGAAUUUCGUGACGGCCAAGGCGUCUUCGAAGGAAGUGAGGACAGUGUUGGUUGCAACUCACAUCAGACUGGAGAAGGGCAGGAUUGCUCGUCUCAGGCCUGUCGAGUGCAGCAUCGAAGUGCCGAGGAUGAGGGGAGCCGGCGCGGGCACGGCGCAGAGAAUUGCUUUCGAGCUCGAUGGCAUCAGUUACUCCGCAUUGGCGCAGCCUGCUCUGACCGAUGCACGAGUUUCUUCGGUCCUCUUUCGGGCACCCGAAGAGGUGAAGGUGACGAACUGGUCGCUCGAAGACAUGGCCUAUUUUCUGCAGGUGUGCGAACUUUGUGACAAGCUCAAAUGCCCCCCGAUCCAGGCCCUGGAAGAACCCGAGGCUCUGUGCUCCAGCUUCGCGGAAAUCGUUCACGGCGUCCUGAGCCGGAAUUUCGUCCUGUGUGAGUUCGAGAGUCCGCAGAAGUUGUUCCUCACGUGAUCGAGAAUCUUUCGAGAAUCUUUUGCGGCUCUUAUUCAUGCCGUCGUCGUGUCUUCGAUCUCACACUGCGCGCCUAGUUUCGACAGAACUCUUGGGUGGAGGGGGCUGAGCUGGCAGCGCCAAGUGGGACAAGUUUCUCGAGGUCGGGUCGUUGAUGAGCGAUGACAGUCCCGAAAGGCGCUCUACGUGGCCCGCAAUUUUCGUAAAGAAUAGCCUAGUCAUCGAAAUCUCGAGGCGCCCGGCGGUCGGAGGACCCAGCGUGUUAUCCGUCGUUGUGCACGAUGGGUCUCGCGAGCAGAAGAAGGUAGUGAGUGCCCAAAUUGCGAUUCAGUUUCGGUGUCACAGUCCCCACAAGCGACUCAGUCAGAGCUUGCGACUAAAUGACGUCGGCAGCCGAGGACGCGAUUAAGAUGCAUUCAACGUGAUGGCCGCAAUUAUGGAUCUUGGCUUAUCGAGACCGUCUGGCUAGAGCUGGCAUGACCGGACACAGGCAUGAAACGUUGACUUCGUUUGCCAUGGAUUUAUGAGUCUUGACCUUACGCGCAAGUGUGGACCCGUAGAGUCACGGUUUUCAAGAUAUUGUCUUACCGGCCGAUAUAGAAAAAUCUUGUCCGAGAGUAGAGUUUAAUGAUGAUUGUAAUGAGAUGCAAUUCUGUUGACUAGAUGACAAUCGGCAUUUGAUGGCUAGGAAUCUGAGAUUUCACUGUCCGGAUUGCUAAUGACUGGACUGACAACCAUUCCAGACUUGUACCGCUGUGCAAUAUUGAAGUAUGAAGCAAGAAAGAAAGGCAAAGUGUUGUUUCGUUAUUUCUGCCUCUUCACGCUGUGAAGCCUGAAAGGCAAGACGCUUAAACCUAAGGAGGAAAUAAUAUACAAAGAGCAGAGAAAACGUGAUGGAGAUACAUAAAAGUAUUUGUGUUACAUCUGAAUGUAUGAAUUUUCACAGACCAAUGGCGGAACUAUGCCAUUAAUGAAACUCCACAAAACCCAUGUGUACA